AGUUGAAACCAUCUUCAAAUCUUGAAUUUUGUUCACUGCAAAUUUUACACUGUUAGCUUAAUUACCUAAUUUCGAUAAUAAACAAAUUGUUUUGUGUCAUCUAGAGAUUUUAUUUUAAUCAAAAAUCAAGAUGAAUGGACUUGAAGAAGUUGGUAUACCUGGAAGGGAAUAUCUUCGUGAAGCAUUAACAAAUUGCAACGAUCCUUUACAAGCUAUCCAAGAAUUCCAAACUGAAAAUGGUAUUUUAUUACCCUCAUUACGAACAAUACUUCCAUUAUUGGACCUCCAUGAAGUCAAGAGAUACGAUUUUCAUCACUCAGUAUUGGAAGAGUUGAAAGAUAAAUUACUGAAACAAAUCGACAAAAUGGCUUCAUCCGAGUCAACUGAUAAAGAAAAAAGUCUCAAAGAAUUAUUGGAAAAAAGUUUCCCUGUUAUAAGGAUACAGACUUUACAACCAAUUGUUAUGUCUUUAUUGAAAAAUUUAGAACGUAUUGAUGAUAAAUAUUUGAAACAAAUUGUUGCUGAUAGAGAGCUUUAUGAAAAGUGUGAUCUCUCAGUUAAGCGACAAAUCUGGCAACAGCAUCAAGGAUUGUUCGGUGACGAAGUUUCGCCGCUAUUUAGCGCAUAUAUAAAAGAGAAAGAUACUAUGCUUUUUUCACUCCAGUCAGGAUCUUUUUUUGCAAUGACUCCAAAACAAAGGCGCCAAAGCGAAAUAAUACAAAAUUUAGUGAAAAUAAUUGGUCGCAAUGUAUUACUUUAUGAUACUUGUUUGCAAUUUCUCCGAACACUUUUUUUGAGCACAAAAAAUAGUCACUAUUGUACGUUACGUGUUGAUCUGCUGAUGGCCUUACAUGAUGCCGAUAUUCAGGAUAUUACUUCCAUGGAUCCUUGCCAUAAAUUUGCUUGGUGUCUUGAUGCCUGCAUAAGAGAGCAAAACAUUGACCCAAAGAGAUCUCGUGAAUUACAAGGUUUUCUUGAAGGAGUCAAGCGUGGUCAAGAACAAGUAAUUGGCGAUUUAUCCAUGACCUUAUGUGAUCCAUAUGCUGUCAACUUUUUGGCAAACAAGGCAAUUAAAAUAGCCAAUAAUUUGAUAAAUAAUGAGAACCUUGCUCGUGAAAACCUAGUGUUAAUGUUAAUUCUAAGAAUGUUAAAUUUGGGCUUACAUUCAUGGGACAUUCUGAAUUCGCAAGUAUAUAGAGAACCUAAACUCGAUGUUGAAUUGGUGACUCGAUUUCUUCCUGUGUUAAUGUCCUUAAUCGUUGAUGAUCAAGUUCGUGCUGUUAAUUCAAAGUUACCUCCUGAUGAUCGAGAAUCAGCUUUAACUAUUAUUGAACAUUCAGGACCUCCUCCAGAUUUGUAUCAAAAAUUCAUUACAGAAGACCGUUUAGCUACUGAGCUAGCCAUUUAUUAUACUUUACAGGUAUUACGUCAAAAAGAUCGAAAUGCAGUUGUCCGAGUUUUAGGUUUUUUAUCGAAUUGUCAUGACAAUCGGAUAUCUGAUGAUCGUAUUCUUCACAGUUUAGUGUCAUUCCUGAUUCCAAUGGCAGAUGAAUUUUCAUUAGAAGAUUUUUGCACAGCUGUUUUCGAUGAAAUUUUCCUUUCCAACCUUGACCAACUCAAUGUACCAUAUCAUUUAAUCAAGCUUAUGCACCAUGUUUACAAUCAUCUUCCUGCACAUCGACUAGAUCUGUUAAUCAAAACAUUGACCGCAUGUCCAAUUGAAAAUGAGAAAGCUAAAGAAAUGUUAACUGAUUUGGUUAAGAAAGUGGAAGAUUUUAAAGCUGAAGCUGAUAAAAAAGCUGAAGAACCUCCUCAAGAAGAUAUUGCACUUCCAUUGCCAGUUGUUUAAAGUACAAAAAAAGCUAUUUUUCCCUUCAAACCGGUGUUAUAUAAUUGUAAAGACUCAUUGAAUUUAAUCAUCUUCCAUAUCACAUAAAAUAAAUCUCAUUGUAACUUUUAAAUCAUCCCAGAUUCAAAUUAAACUGGACAUAUGAAGCUCUAUAAUUGCUUAAUGGUCAACUCUCCUGCUUUAUUGUAAUUAGUCAUGAAAAUUUUACACUAUUCUAAGUAUUAUCUUGCAC